AAAAAGUAAGGAGAGUUCUAUGGAUAAUGAUUUUUUGUGCCAACAUAAGAAAACUGAGCUUAUCAAGUUUUCCACUCGAAGUGUACAAAGAGGAUGCUGCAUAAAACACUCACCUGAUCACUGCAAAUUCCAAGGAAUAGAUAUGGAGUCGGGACAAGUGCUAUUUGUAAGUGCAUGGAUUUUCCAGAAUAUAAAGGAUAUUCAACAAGUGAAGAAACAAAUAAAUAGUAUCGAGCAAGAAUUGAAUUAUUUGACAACACUGAAACACCCGAAUUUGACUUGUUACUUUGGUAUUAAACAUCAAGUUUUUAAAAAUAGCGUCACUGUGUAUUUGUUAGAAGAAUUUGUUUCUGGUUUAAACUUUUCAUCGCUUUUUUUAUGUCGAGAUAGUAAAGGUGAGGUAAAUUUUCUAAAGCACAUAGCACGAGGAGUCGUUACCGCAUUGGAUUAUCUUCACAGAAAUAAGGUUGUUCAUAAGGAUAUCAAAGAGACAUCUGUAUAUCUUUCUGACAAUGGUGUUGUAAAAGUUGCACAUUGCAGUAUUUAUAAGAGAAUAUCUGAUUUGAAUUCUCAAAGUCAUAAAAAUUAUGGAAAAAAGACUGAUAUAUUUAAGUUUGGUUUAUUAUUACUAUCUGUUUUAAAAGGCUGUCCUGUAUCUGAAGAAGACUUGGAUCUGCCUAGUGGAAUUGAUUCAAAGUUGCAGGACUUUUUGUCAAGGUAUGGUAUUUUUAAAAUAAAUGUUUGUAAUUAUUCAAAAGAAAUUUAUGAUACUAUUCUGAAGUUAAAAAAUAGUAAAGCAGUAGGUGAAGAUGAAAUACCAACUAAAUUACUGAAACAUGUAGCAUAUGAGUUGAAUUUAAAUGAACAUCUUGAAGCUUUUGCUCCGACUGUGAAAAGUGUGGAAUUUUCUGUAACAUAUGACAGUGUGUCUCAGGGGCAUUUUGUACCUCCUGAUGACGAAUCUAGUGAUGAAGAUGAACUUUCCGAAUCAGGAUUUCAGCUGGAGGAUUCUGAUUCAGAUGACAUAGUAUUUGAAAGAGAUUCUGAUUCAAUUAAUACUGAGAUGGAACACAAUUCUGAAGAGUUAUCAAAAAGUAGCACUUCAUUUGAAUCUUCAACAAUAGAGCCAGUGACCAAUGCAAAAUCUAAGGAAAUAGUGAAUCAAAUUAAUUUUAUGUAUAUACAGAUGGAAUUUUGUGAAAAAAGUAAUUUACAAACAGCUAUUGCAAACAAUUUGUACCUUGACAAAGACCGUUAUCAGAGAUUGUUCAGGGAGAUAGUAGAGGGCUUAUCCCAUAUUCACCUACAGGGUAUGAUACACAGAGAUCUGAAACCAGCUAAUAUUUUUUUGGAUUCUGGAGAUCACGUUAAAAUUGGCGAUUUUGGGCUGGCUACUACAAGUAUAAUAUCAAAACCAACUGAGAACACUUCAUCCAACAGUCCAGAAAAAGUUGAUAAAGAAGACACUGCAGAUGAAAGUAAAACAGGCUAUGUAGGUACCGCUCUAUAUGCAGCUCCAGAGAUUAGUUCCAAAACUAAAAUUUACAAUGAAAAAGUCGAUAUUUAUAGUUUAGGGAUUAUUCUCUUUGAGAUGUGUUAUAGAUCGAUAAAUACAGGCAUGGAAAGAAUCGAAAUAUUGAAAGCUUUAAGGUCAAAAGAAAUAAUAUUCCCAAAAGAUGCCUCUACAAUAUUGACCGAGAAACAAAUUGCUUUCAUCAGGUGGUUGCUCACUCAUGAUACAUCAAAACGUCCUACCUGUAUGGAAAUCUCUAAGUCUCAGUACAUGCCCCCUGCAGUAUUAGAUGAUCUUAAAUUUAGAGAUUUAGUGACCCAUACAUUGAAUCACCGUGAACUCCAAGGCUAUCAGUCUCUCAUAAAAUCUUGCUUUGACCAACCUAAGAAUCCUAACAAAGACUUAUUUGAGAAAGGACUUUCUCUAGAGCGAUUGCAACUUCGGGAAUUUGUGAGAAAAAUUUGUGUGAAGGUAAUAAUAGUUUUAAUUUAUUACUAUGGGGCAAUACACGAAGAUUGCACAAAAAUGAUAGAAAGGAAAGAGUACCAGACUUUGAAGAAACACCAACUCUUCUUUUUGGAAAAGGAUAAAUCAGAGAUUGUCUACAUAGUGUCAGAAAUAUUGAAUUACAUAUUUGGUUCUGAGAAAGAUUGCUUUAUCAUAAGACUGAACCAUACAAAGCUACUGUUGGCGAUUUUCCAACAUUGUGGAAUUAAAGAUGGUCAUAAUGAAGUACACAGAAAGUUAUAUGAUUAUCAGGAAGGAAAAAUAUCUAAAUCUGAUUUGCAAGAUUUUUUUAUAUACUUAAAGUUACCGGAUAACAUGAUAAAUUUGUUAUUCAGUUUUAUCAACUCCGAUAUUGAAGUGUCCAAAAGUUUUGACCAUUUUGAAAAAAUCACUAGGAAUAGAACAGAAGCUGGUAAAUUAGCCAAAAAAAUAUUGCAGGAUCUGAAACUUGUUAUUUAUUACAUACAGGCUUUUGGUGUGAAGUUUGACAUGCGAGUCUCUCCUGGCCUAGUACACAAAGUGAAUGGGUACUCUGGGUUGAUUUUUGAAUUUAUAUACAAAGUGCCAAAGGAUUCAAUUAGUCCGGACUUACCUCAAACAAAAGUGUCAAAGAAUGAUAAAUCUAAGAAAAAAAAGAAAUUGAUGGAAGUAGUAGCUGUUGGUGGAAGAUAUGAUUCUAUGAUUGCCCCAUUCCGUCCCAACAAAGAUACUAAACAAUGUGCCGUUGGAGUUUCAAUUUCGUCAGAUAGGUUGGUCGAUGCUCUCCAAAGACAACCAUCUGGGGAGUUGCCUAGAAUGGACAGUAUUGAUAUAGCAGUUUGUUCUAUUGGAGAGAAACAGAUGGUGGAGGAAAAAGCAAAAGUACUGAGAAACCUCUGGAAAGCAAAUCUGCGAUGUACUUUGAUAGAGGGUUCAAAUUUGACAGAAAUCCAGAAUCAAGUCACAGAUUUGAAAAUAAAUCACAUUGUUAUAUUGAAAGAUAACGAACCAGGCACAGUAAUAGUAAAAAGUCUGUGUACAGAAAGAUUCCAGGACCAUAAGUUCACUAUCAAACAACUGGCUGAGAAUAUGCAGCUGAUUAUACAAAAUUCUAAGGCAGGUGGACAAGAAAAUAUUCCACCGUCACUUCUGGCCAGGUCUGAUAGUAAAACUAAUUGUACUGAACAUAAUUCCCAUUUAGAAGUUUUGAUUGUAAUGAGUAGUGAUAGAGAUAAACUAAACAAUAAUACAAGGAAACGUUUUGAGACUCAGGUUUGUACUUGUUACUCCUCUCAAAAUUUAAGUCGGUACAAUGAUAUCUAUCAAUUAUCAGAAACUAAUAUUUUUAUUUCAGCUUUUUGAUACAUUAUGAAUAUU